AUGACUGCAAUUACUUAUGACUUGUGCAUUGCCACACAGUCAAAAUCAUUUGAAAUAAUCGAAAACAGACUUACAGAUGCACUAGAAAUACUCUCAGACUACUACAAACAAUGGUUCCUAAAUGCUAACCCAGGUAAAACACAAGUCUGCACCUUCCACCUUAACAACCGUCAAGCCAACCGAAACCUCAGAGUCCGGUGGGAGAAUAAAGAAUUGAAAAACACCAAAUACCCAGUAUACCUUGGUGUGACUCUUGACAGAACCCUAUCUUUCAAAGAGCACACAAGGAAACUGAAAGAAAAAGUUGCAAGUCGUAACAACCUUCUGCGGAAACUUGCAAACACAAAAUGGGGCACAGAUCCAAACACCCUCAAAACCACAGCAGUGGCGCUGUGUUUCUCCACAGCUGAAUACUGUGCCCCAGUCUGGGCUAGGUCCUGUCAUGCAUCAGCAGUAGACACCGAGCUGAAUCAGGCUUGCCGUAUCAUCACAGGGAACCUGAAAUCCACACCUCUACCAGCCGUUUACCGCAUGGCCAGCAUCGCACCACCCGCCAUCAGACGUAACGCCUUAACAAAGCAAGAACGUGACAAACAACUAAAUGACUGCAGACACCCACUGUAUGGCCAUCAACAGGUUCUACAAAGACUUAAAUCUCGUAAGAGCUUUGGCACAACCUUAGGAUUAGAAGGGCGCAGCCCAGCACAACACCGGCUGGAGCAAUGGGAGUUAUGGGACAGGUCAGCAUCCUAUGCUGCGGUACCACCACAAUCCGAAUCCCUCCCUAACGGAUCGUCCUUCAAAAGGAACGAAUGGGUGGCCCUGAACAGAGCAAGGGCAAAAGUUGGCCGCACAAACAACAAUCUCCACAAGUGGGGACUCGUGACACAACCAACCUGUCCGUGUGGAGAACCUAUUCAAACAAUGGAUCACAUCCUCCGAGAAUGCACAAUGGGCCCACAUUGCACCGAUCAAGACCUAUUAGAUGCAAAUCAAACAGCUGCCCAAUGGUGCCAGUGGUGUUUCCUCCAAGUUCUCCCGGAAACCCUUUUCGACGUCAUCCUGAAUCCUGCCGCAGGAUUCCUACUAAACGAAGGUCUGCCACGAGAUGUCUGCGGUCGCCGGGAGACAGGUCGACCCGACGAGGCGUCCUCGCCUGCGGGAAUGGACCCCUCCCCUGUGCCUUCUGCGGGGCGGCCUUUUCUUCAGCGUGUCGAGGUUUAUCACCGUCUUCCUCCUGGGACUUCUGCUGCGGCUGCUGACGAAGAUGUGACGUCGGUCGGGGCCUCCUUGCAGCGCCCUCUUCGCCCCUUUCUCCUCGCGUUCGGCGGGCUCCGGUUAGUAUUUGCUGGGGCCGACCAACUCCUGUAG